AUGCUUGUCGACUUCCUCCGCGCCAACAAGGACACUUUUGCCUGGAAGACGUCCAACAUGCCGGGCAUCCCUAGGGAGGUCGCCGAGCACGAGCUCCGCAUUUUACCGGGAUCCAAGCCCAUCCAACAACGACUGCGCCGCUUCGACGACGAGAGACGCAGGGCCAUAGGAGUGGAGAUAGCUAAGCUAUUAGCUGCCGGCUUCAUUAAAGAAGUUUACCACUCUGACUGGCUAUCUAAUCCAGUCCUUGUAAGAAAGAAAACCGGUCAAUGGAGGAUGUGUGUUGACUUCACCAGCCUGAACAAGGCUUGCCCCAAAGACCCUUUUCCUUUGCCUAGAAUAGAUCAGAUAAUCGAUUCCACCUCCGGGUGCGAGAUCUUAUCCUUUCUAGAUGCUUACUCGGGCUAUCACCAGUUAGCGAUGAAGGAAUCCGACCAGCUUGCGACAUCCUUCAUCACGCCGUUUGGCUCAUACUGCUAUGUAUCAAUGCCUUUCGGUCUCAAAAAUGCAGGAGCAACAUACCAACGAUGCAUGCAAUCAUGCUUCUCCGACCAGAUCAACUCGCCGAUCGAUCCCGACCGGUCAGACCCACCUCAGGCAACGGUCGCAGUCUAUGUUGAUGACAUCGUCGUCAAAACACCUCGCGCGGGCGACCUGGUCGCUACCCUAACCGCCACAUUCGCAAAUCUCAGGAGAUUCAACAUCAAGUUGAAUCCCGAGAAAUGCACGUUCGGUGUGCCUAAGGGCAAACUAGUCGGAUACAUGGUGUCUGAGCACGGCAUCGAAUCCAACCGCGACAAAAUUACGACCAUCACCAGCAUGGGACCCAUCCGUGGCGUCAAGGGCGUCCAGAGGCUAACAGGAUGCCUGGCGGUGCUCAGCCGAUUCAUCGCUCGGUUGGGAGAACGAGGCCUGCCCCUAUACAAACUCCUCAAGAAAUCCGACACGUUUGUCUGGAUGGAGGAGGCUCAGGUGGCCCUCGACUGCCUCAAGGCCCAUUUGUCCUCUCCACCGGUGGUCGUGGCACCGGAACCCUGCGAACCCCUUUUGCUUUACUUGGCAGCUACUAACCACAUGGUCAAUGAUGCUCUGGUUGUCGAAAGGGAAGAGCAAGGACACGCCCUAAAGGUCCAACGGCCCAUGUAUUUUGUCAGCGAGGUACUAACAGAUACCAAGUCAUGGUAUCCUCAGACACAGAAGCUUCUGUACACCAUCAUCAUGGCAGCUAAGAAGCUCCAACACUACUUCACCGAGCACGAAGUGUCGGUCGUCACCUCAUUUCCACUCGGAGAAGUUGUUCGCAACCGAGAUGCCGUGGGACGGAUUUCUAAAUGGGUAGUCGAGCUCAUGGGCUACGACGUCAAGUUCGUGCCACGCACGGUGAUAAAAUCCCAGGCCCUGGCCGAUUUCAUCGCCGAGUGGACGGAAGUCCAUGCCCCGACCCCAGAAAUCUCCCACGAGUACUGGACUCCCUACUUCGACGGAUCAGUCAUGGGACCCGGCGUGGGGCCGGGGUCGUCCUGGUCUCCCCAGAAGGGGGUAAGUUCCAAGUAUGAGGCACUCAUCAGCGGCCUCCGCAUAGCCAUCGACAUCGAGGCAACCCGCUUGUACGUCUAUGGUGACUCCAAGCUGGUAAUCGACCAGGUCAUGAAGAACUCCAACUGCGAGAGCCCUCUAAUGGACGCAUACUACCAGGAGGUCCGCAAGUUGGAAGGGAGAUUCCGAGGUCUAGAGCUUCACCACAUCCCAAGGAAGCAAAACCCUGACGCGGACACUCUCGCAAAAAUGGCCGCCGAGCGCAAGCCGGCACCCAGCGGCGUCUUUAUCAACGACCUGAAUGCGUCGUCAGCGCGGAUUUACUGGCCAACAGCCCUGCGCAACACGGAAGACAUCGUCCGUGCAUGCAAAGGAUGCCAGUUCUACGCCAAACAAACCCACCUACCAGCCCAGGCGCUCCAGACCAUCCCCAUAACAUGGACAUUCACCGUAUGGGGCCUAGACAUGGUCGGGCCGCUCAAAAAGGCACCAGGAGGGUUCACCCACUUACUCGUCGCAAUCGACAAGUUUACAAAAUGGAUAGAGGCAAAACCAAUAACCACGAUCGACUCCAAGGAGGCCGUCAAGUUCUUCCUCGACAUUGUCUACAGGUUCGGGGUGCCCAACUCAAUCAUCACAGACAACGGGACCAAUUUCACAGGUCAUUACUUCCAAGAGUUCGCAGAAGGGUACGGGAUCCGGAUCGACUGGGCAUCGGUCGGACACCCGCGCACGAACGGGCAAGUAGAAAGAGCUAACGGCUUAAUCCUCCAAGGGCUCAAACCGCGUAUUUUUGGCAUGCUCAAAAAGUUCACGGGUCGUUGGGUGGAAGAACUGCUGGCAGUGCUCUGGAGCUUGCGAACCACACCUAACCGAUCCACAGGGCUGACGCCUUUCUUCCUAACAUACGGCUCCGAAGCCGUGCUGCCCUCCGACCUGGACUUCGGUGUGCCGAGAGUCAAAACCUUUGACCCAGCAACGGCAGCCGAAGCCCAGAGGGACGCGAUGGAAGUUUUGGAAGAAGCAAGGCUAACUACGCUCCUCCGAUCGGCUCGCUACCAACAAACUCUACGCAGGUACCACGAGAGGCGCAUACGAGAAAGGGCGCUGCAGGUCGGAGAUCUGGUGCUACGACGGGUCAUGGCGACGAAGGACAAGCACAAGCUCUCGCCGCAUGGGAAGGACCCUGCAGCAUCGCAGAGGUGA